UUUCCAGAGCGCGAUCAGUCUAGCACGACGACAAACGUCCCGAUCCGCCACGUAAUAAUAAAGAGGUCCAAGUUUAUUCCGUGCCGAACCCAACUAUAAAAAGAUGUCGCAGAACGAGAGUAACGUCAGUGCCUCUCACGAGAAGGAUAUGUCGACAUCGAAGAGCAGCUCCCUCCUGAGAUUGAAUCAGGAGGGACGGGCGGAUUGGCAGGAUCACGAGACGGACUCGGAGAUCAGUGAGAACGAUUUCCUGACGAAGGGCGCAUUCCUGCUAACGCCGAGUCACGAGUUGAGUAUGGAGAAGGCAGCGACGAUCUGUGAGAAAAUGAAUUUUCGGGGUGCCUUCUCCCUUACCAAAACCGCAACCGGUAUACUUUUCAAGUUCAGCAACAUCGAGGAUUUUCAGGCUGUUUACAAGAAAGGAUUUCACAAGGUGACCGGGGCGCGUUUCUAUAAAAAGGUGGCCAUACCCUGCAGACCAGCCAAGACGUUCACGGUCUACGUGCUGGACGUACCAGAGGAGCUACCGGAGGAAGACAUCAGACACGCUCUCUAUAAGUACAGAUCUAUUGUGGAGGUGACGAGGCUCCCACUGAACACUGGUACAGUGUUGAAGGCGAUCAACGACAAAGUCAAGAACGACGCGCAAAAUUUAAACGAACCGGCCACCAUCUACACUGGUCCGCCAGUGAUCAGGGUCACUCUGGCGAGCGUUGACGAGACUUCAACAUUGCUCAGCCGUGGACUGGACUUUUACGGUGCGACGUACUUUCCUACGGAGACACCGCACCCCUCGCUUCAACCCUUGACCAAGUACAAAACCAACAAGUGGGUCGACCUGGCAGCGAUCGGAACAGGUCAGCGAGUUCGCGACCUUCUGCCGGUAUUCGAUAACGCGGGAUUCAGCAAAUUGCCACCCCCGGCCAGCCGUGUUAUCAAACCGCCGCGAAACUGAUCCAACGUGGAUCCGGGAUGGGACAGAUCGAUGAGAUCAAACGUACCGCCUGUUAAUAUGGGAUCGGUACGCGAAACGAGAGUGGAUCUAUAUUUCUUGAUGCAUCAGA